AUAGAUCCAGCUGGGUUUGGUCUGACUAUCAUCAUCCUCGCUGGCUCCUCUUUCCUCCAGUUUCCUCGGGAAAAUCGGACCGUAUCCGCCGCUACCUGGAGGAUUUACCGACACUUUCUCCUCUGAGCGCGAGUCAAAGCCUCCAGCCCGCCGGAAAUAGCCUGAAAUCUUUAUUUCCGCUCUUUAUUUCUGCCUGUGAAGCCGAAGAGAGGAUGUCUGUCGCGGGGUUGAAAAAGCAGUUCCAUAAAGCCACCCAGAAAGUCAGCGAGAAAGUCGGAGGAGCAGAAGGAACCAAGCUGGACGAUGACUUCAAGGAAAUGGAAAAGAAGGUGGACAUCACCAGCAGAGCGGUGCUGGACAUCAUGACCAAAACCACAGAGUACCUCCAGCCCAAUCCAGCAUCCAGAGCCAAGCUGAGUAUGAUCAACACCAUGUCGAAGAUCCGCGGCCAGGAGAAGGGGCCCGGCUACCCGCAGGCCGAGUCCAUCCUGGGAGACGCCAUGCUGAAGUUUGGCCGGGAUCUGGGAGAAGAGUCCUGCUUUGGCCUGGCGCUGAUCGACGCCGGCGAGGCCAUGAAGGAGCUCGGCGAGGUGAAGGACGCUCUGGACAUGGAGGUCAAGCAGAACUUCAUCGACCCGCUGCAGAACCUCCACGAUAAAGACCUGAAGGAGAUCCAGCAUCAUCUGAAGAAAAUGGAGGGCCGGCGUCUGGACUUCGACUACAAGAAGAAACGUCAGGGGAAAGUCCAGGACGACGAGAUCAAGCAGGCGCUGGAGAAGUUCGACGAGAGCAAAGAGAUCGCCGAGCAGAGCAUGUUCAACCUGCUGGAGAGCGACAUAGAGCAGGUGAGCCAGCUGGCAGCGCUGGUCCAGGCCCAGUUGGAAUACCACAGCCGCUCCUCAGAAAUCCUCCAGCAGCUCUCCAGCAAGAUGGAGGACAGGAUAAAAGAAGUGUCCAGUAAACCCCGGAAGGAGUACACUCCCAAACCCAAGAUGACUCUGGAGCUCCUGCCCCCCAGCGAGAGCCACAACGGGGGGAUCCACUCGGCCAAAUCCCCGGGGAAAUCACCAGCGCCGAUGGACCAGCCCUGCUGUCGAGCGCUCUACGACUUCGAGCCAGAGAACGAGGGCGAGUUAGGCUUCAAGGAGGGCGACAUCAUCACUCUGACCAAUCAGAUCGACGAGAACUGGUACGAGGGCAUGAUCAACGGCCAGUCGGGCUUCUUCCCCAUCAACUACGUGGAUAUCCUGGUGCCGCUGCCCCACUAGUGUCCAGCCGGCCGCCCGGUUCUUCCCUCUCGACCAAUCCGGACACCCUUGAAACAGCCUGUAUUUGCAGAAACGACAAACCACGCCCUCCUUCUACUUCUUCUUCUUCUUCUGUGCUUCUGUGCAAUUCUGCUUUCACUACAAUGGACCAAACCGAGAGAGGCGCUGGACAACACAGGACUUUCAAAAAGAGACGAUGAGGAGAGGAGGAGGAGACUAUAGGGUAAGCGGUGCAGCAACGGAGAACUGAAAGAGACGAGAAGAUGGAGAGAUGUUGGUCUGUUAAAGCAUGGUGCAUAGCCUGGCAGCAAUGGACACCAAUGAGGCUUUGGAGACUUGCAAACAAGGCACAGUGUAUUAUGUACAUGCAUGUCUGAAUGUGUGUUUCAACCUGUCCGUACUCCGUUAUGACGAAGCCAGCACAAAUUCCUGCUCAUCGGUUACCAACCUGACAGCUUUUCCUCAUCUCUUUGCUUUGACUUCUUCUGCUUUUCUAGAAGUUUUCAUUUUUGUUCUCUCCGUCUUACUAGCACUGCCUUUUAGCAUGGCUCCGUAACCUGUAGAGCUACAGCUGUUGUCAUUUUACUAACUCUGCCUUUCUCGGAGUCGGCGUAGAUUUCCAGUUCAGUGGUUGAAUGCAUGGACCAGCCACAUCAACGGUUUAGGAGAUUAGAUCCAGUUCCAGGGUGAAUACGAGGUUUAAUCUUUGAGUUUAUCUGUCUUGAAACUUUAGCUGCGUUUUAGAAGACAGCAGCCAUGUCGGAUCGGUGAAAGAGAGGAAAACCUUGAGGUUGCCGUGUUCUACAGCGGCUAAAAUAAACUGGUAACCAUUUGUAGAAAGAUUUGCACUGAGCUACAGAGAGGUUUUGUUUUUCUGUCCUUCUAGAGUCACAUCUGUUGGUUUUAAAGUGUGGAGCUGUUUGCAGAUUUGUCUAGUUCCCUGCCUUUGCACGCGAGACUGACUCGCUGAAAUCUUAACGUUUAAUGUUCAGGACUUUGGUCCAACAUGCAUUCAGUUCAGAUGUUGAUCACUGCCUCCCUAAAACGACACAUAACUGUUGAAGCAGGAAACAAAAUAGUUUACAGAAAACUCAUCUUCUGCAGCAAUUACAAUUUUCAGUAAUUUCACCAACAACCAGUUUUUACCAUCAGUCAGAUUUUAACAUAAAAUUAAAAUGAUUAAUUUAGCUUCUUAGGAAUACAAAAAGGCAAUUUCUGAUCAUCUUUAUCAGAUAAAAAAAGUCACAUGAAGGAGUUUGACUUUGAUUUCUGCAUUAAUGAGAUUUAUUUGAAGGAGUGAACUCUAAAUACUGUCAAUGACCAAUUCUGGCCUAAAAUAUGAACUCAACUUUAAACAAAAACACAAUUUCAUCACUAAAACAUAAUUAAAUCUUGUUUUUAUAUAUAGUUUGAUACACUGAUCAUUUCCUGUACUAUAGCAACUAUUGCUAGCCUUUUAUUUCCUAAUGUUAUUUGGGUUAAACUUUAUAGUUACAACUAUUUGCAAGAUAUUGCAUCAUCAAAUUCUGUUUUAAUGCAUCAACCAAACUUAUUAUGUUUUUAACAUUAUCAUAUUUAAUUUCCCUUUGGGAUCAAUAAAUUAUUCUUUAACUGACCUGAACAAUAUUCAUUUAAACAAAAAAUAUAGAAUUAGGUUUUCUGUCUUCAACGGUACAGAACAUAAGAAGGUUAUUUUUGACUGGGUCGAGUCAACAUAAACAUUAAAACGCUAAACGUGCCAGAAUGUCGUCACCGGUCUGAAACUCCCUCCAGGUUUCCAGCUGGAUGG